AUGGAGUCGUACAGCACGAAGGAACAGAACGGGUCCUCUUCUAUCUUAGAUAAGUGGAACAAACUUCGAAGGAAGCCGCAACAGCCGUUGUCCGACCUCUCAGAGCUGUACUCGAAAGUAGCCAAUGAGAUCAUCUACUACAAGCAGUUACAGGACUCUGGCCAUGUCAAAAAGGCGUUGCAAGGAUGGAAGGCACUCACGACCGACAUCAUGUUUCGACUUACGUUGAUUGAUCAUAGGUACCCAAACUUACAGUAUUAUAGGCCAGACGAGUUGAGUCUUCUUACAGGGGUUAAAGAGUUGUACCAAAAGGCAGAUAAGCACUUGGAACAAGCACAAGAUAUUAUUGAGAAGCACCCAGAGUUGAACGUUGAUACAGACUCGCAUAAUAAGGUUUACUACUCUACGGACCAUAAGAAAUCAUUGACAAGAAUGCAGCAUUCUGUGCCGUUAUCGUCACCACCAUUGCAGCAGCAGCAGGGGCACCAAAACCACGGCUUUUCAAGGACCACUUUACGAACACAAAAACCGUACCUACAUUCAUAUUCUAUCUCAGGGACAAACCAACAGGAUCACAAUCAACAACGUCAAAAUCAACAACCGCAGCAUCAAGUAAAGGUCAAUUUUUCACAAUCGAAGCCCCUGAAUUAUUCUAGCAGGAGUCUUCGCAGUGAAAACGACGUUCAUCGGAACCGCCACGACGACACUCAUAAGUUGAACUUAUUUGAUGUGUUUGAUACGGAUAACAUCUUGGAAGAGGAUGAAACACCUCAGCCACAGCAACAACCAAUUUUAAUUGAAAGUAGCGAUGAAGCAGGGGAACAUUAUGAAGAGGAUGAUAACAGUAAUGACUUCGAUGUUUCCGAUUAUUAUGACAACUACCUUGAGGUCAACGGAGAGGAUUUGGCCAGGUUCAAUGCAUUAGAUAGACUGAACGGUGAAACGACAUUGCACGAUCAAAUGAAGGAUUUGACCGUCUCCACUCCACCUGAGCUGCCGAAACUUCCGCCGUUGCCCUCCGCAUUCCCUCCAUUGGUCCCCAAAACGUUGGCGCCGCCGCCAGCUCAGUCUGUCCCACCACCAGAUAUUGGCGCCUCAGCAAUUUCGGCACCCGUUUUGAAUGCUGUUCGCAGCAGGGGACCCAUUAACAAAAAGCAUAAUCUUAUGAACAAAUGUAAUUCCGUUACACCGCCGGCAAGUGCGCCCGCUUUGCCAUCGCGACCAACGCCACAGGGUGCUGUGAAACUUAAUAAUUCAACCCCGGCACUAAACACUACCGUCAUGACGUCUGGUACCCAUGCCAGUAAUGGCAACAAGUCCAAACCGGCUGUCUUGAAGAAGACGUCUACUAAAUCUUCAUCGUCAUUACCGACAAAAGUGACAAAGCAGGCGUUGAAUUUGGAACACCCACAGAAGUUGCCCCAAACGAUUUCAGCCUCGCAGGUCGCUCAACUGGUUUACAAUGGCAGCACGUCGAAUCCCCCCGUGCGGAAGGGCAAGCCCAUGAUGAAGAAGAAUGUAGUUUCGAGAGAAAGACUCAAAACUGAGACCAAAAACCCCACAGUGACAAAGACGAGGACAAGCAUCAAACCAGUGGUCAAAAAACCUGCUACUGAACCUAAUUUGAAAACUGGUAAACCGACGUCCACAAACAUGAAAAAGAAGAAGUCAGCCACUGCAACGCCACCACAGAAUACGCCGCCUCCGCCUCCCGCUAACGUAACGAAGCAACCACAGGGCAAAGAAGUUGAUAAUGCAGAGGAGGACAAAGUAGACAGCAAGGAUGCGGAUGAGGAGAGGCUGAUAAACUCUAUACCUGGGAUUGACAAAGCUUUGGCGAAACAGAUUCUGCAGGACAUUGUGGUCCAUGGUGACGAAGUGCACUGGGAGGACAUUGCUGGUUUGAAUUCGGCAAAGAACUCACUGAAGGAGGCUGUAGUAUACCCGUUCUUGCGGCCGGAUCUGUUUCUUGGGCUAAGGGAGCCUGUCACGGGGAUGUUGCUGUUUGGACCACCUGGGACAGGUAAGACGAUGUUGGCGAGGGCUGUUGCUUGUGAGUCGCAUUCCACAUUUUUUUCCAUUAGUGCGUCAUCGUUGACUUCUAAGUACCUUGGUGAGAGUGAGAAGUUGGUCAGAGCGCUGUUCAUGAUUGCACAGAGACUGGCACCGUCUAUUAUAUUUGUCGACGAGAUUGAUUCUUUACUUGGGAGUAGAAACCAGGACGGUGAGAACGAAAGUUCAAGAAGAAUUAAGAACGAGUUUUUAGUGCAGUGGUCCGCCCUAUCGAGCGCUGCCGCUGGGAAGCAAGUCAAGACGGGUUCCAAGGCGGAGGACAAGAGGGUUCUCGUCUUGGCGGCGACGAACCUGCCUUGGUCGAUCGAUGAGGCGGCAAGGAGGAGAUUUGUCAGAAGACAGUACAUUCCCCUACCAGAAUCGGAAACUCGGCGUGUCCAGUUUGAAAAGCUGCUGUCUUACCAGAUUCACUCGCUCACAAGUGCUGAUUUCGAGGAAUUGGUGAAAGUGACACAGGGGUACUCUGGGAGUGAUAUUACGUCGUUGGCCAAGGACGCUGCAAUGGGUCCCCUGCGGGAAUUGGGCGACCAGCUGUUACUGACGGACCGUGAUGAAAUCCGCGCUGUGACGUUGGGCGACUUUACUAAUAGCUUAGAGUACAUCAAGCCGUCUGUUUCAAAAGAGGGACUAUCGGAGUAUGAGAACUGGGCCCUCCAUUUCGGUUCGUCCGGUACGUAG